ACUGUCACUGCACUUGAACUUGGAAUCUUGUGACGUGAGGAACUGCACUGGGGAAAAGAAGAAUCAUCUAACAAAUGGGAAAUUAUAAAUCUAGACCAACCCAGACUUGCACUGAUGAAUGGAAGAAGAAGGUCAGUGAAUCUUAUGUCAUCAUAAUAGAAAGAUUAGAAGAUGACCUUCAGAUCAAAGAAAAAGAACUUACAGAAUUAAGGCACAUAUUUGGCUCUGAUGAUGCCUUCAGUAAAGUCAAUUUAAAUUACCGCACAGAAAAUGGACUGUCUCUGCUUCAUUUAUGUUGCAUUUGUGGAGGCAAUAAGUCUCAUAUUAGAACCCUUAUGUUAAAAGGGCUCCGUCCAUCUCGACUGACAAGAAAUGGAUUUACAGCCUUGCACUUGGCAGUUUACAAGGAUAGUGCAGAACUGAUCACUUCCCUGCUUCACAGCGGAGCUGAUAUACAGCAGGUCGGGUAUGGCGGUCUCACCGCCCUGCAUAUAGCUACCAUGGCGGGCCACCUGGAGGCUGUUGAUGUGCUGCUGCAGCAUGGAGCUAACGUCAAUGUUCAAGAUGCAGUUUUUUUCACCCCACUGCACAUUGCCGCAUACUAUGGGCAUGAACAGGUAACUCGCCUCCUUUUGAAAUUUGGCGCUGAUGUAAAUGUCAGUGGCGAAGUUGGAGAUAGGCCCCUGCACCUAGCAUCUGCAAAGGGAUUCUUCGCUAUUGCAAAACUCUUGAUAGAAGAAGGCAGCAAAGCAGAUGUGAAUGCUCAGGACAAUGAAGACCAUGUCCCACUCCAUUUCUGUUCUCGCUUUGGACACCAUGAUAUAGCAAAGUUCCUGCUCCAGAGUGAUUCAGAAGUUCAGCCACAUGUUGUUAAUAUCUAUGGAGAUACCCCUUUGCACCUGGCAUGCUACAAUGGCAAAUUUGAAGUUGCCAAGGAAAUCAUCCAAAUAGCAGGAAUAGAAAGUCUGACUAAGGAAAACAUCUUCAGUGAAACAGCUUUUCACAGUGCUUGCACCUAUGGCAAGAACAUUGAUCUGGUUAAAUUUCUUCUUGAUCAAAAUGUUGUAAGCAUCAACCACCAAGGAAGAGAUGGACACACAGGAUUGCACUCUGCUUGCUACCACGGUCACAUUCGCCUGGUUCAGUUCUUACUGGAUAAUGGAGCUGACAUGAAUCUGGUAGCCUGUGAUCCCAGCAGGUCAAGUGGUGAAAAAGAUGAGCAGACAUGUUUGAUGUGGGCUUAUGAAAAAGGACAUGAUGCCAUUGUCACACUCCUGAAGCAUUAUAAGAGACCACAGGAUGAAUUGCCCUGUAAUGAAUAUUCGCAGCCUGGAGGAGAUGGCUCCUAUGUGUCUGUUCCAUCUCCCUUGGGGAAAAUUAAAAGCAUGACAAAAGAGAAAGCAGAUGUUCUGCUCCUGAGAGUUGGAUUACCUUCACAUUUCCAUCUUCAGCUCUCAGAAAUUGAGUUCCACGAGAUUAUCGGCUCAGGUUCCUUUGGAAAAGUAUAUAAAGGACGAUGCAGGAAUAAAAUAGUGGCCAUAAAACGUUACCGAGCCAACACCUACUGCUCCAAGUCAGAUGUGGAUAUGUUCUGCCGAGAGGUGUCCAUUCUCUGCCGGCUCAAUCACCCCUGUGUAAUCCAGCUUGUGGGUGCCUGCUUGAAUGACCCCAGCCAGUUUGCUAUUGUCACUCAGUACAUAUCAGGAGGUUCUCUGUUCUCUGUCCUUCAUGAACAGAAGAGGAUUCUUGACUUGCAGUCUAAAUUAAUUAUUGCAGUAGACGUUGCCAAAGGUAUGGAGUACCUCCACAACCUGACACAGCCAAUUAUACAUCGUGACUUGAACAGUCACAAUAUUCUUCUCUAUGAAGAUGGGCAUGCUGUGGUAGCAGAUUUUGGAGAAUCGCGGUUUCUGCAGUCUCUGGAUGAAGACAACAUGACCAAACAGCCCGGGAACCUCCGCUGGAUGGCUCCAGAGGUCUUCACUCAGUGCACUCGCUACACCAUCAAGGCCGAUGUCUUCAGCUACGCUCUCUGUCUGUGGGAACUUCUCACCGGUGAGAUCCCCUUUGCUCACCUCAAGCCAGCGGCUGCCGCAGCUGACAUGGCUUACCAUCACAUCAGACCACCCAUUGGCUAUUCUAUUCCGAAGCCCAUAUCAUCUCUGCUGAUGCGAGGGUGGAAUGCGUGUCCUGAAGGAAGACCCGAAUUUUCUGAAGUUGUUACCAAGUUAGAAGAGUGUCUCUGCAACAUUGAGCUGAUGUCUCCUGCAUCGAGUAACAGCAGCGGGUCUCUCUCACCUUCCUCCUCUUCUGAUUGCCUGGUGAGCAGGGGAGGGCCUGGCCGGAGCCACGUGGCAGCUCUGCGGAGUCGUUUUGAAUUGGAAUACGCUCUAAAUGCAAGGUCUUAUGCAGCCUGGUCCCAAAGUGCUGGACCAUGCUCCCCUCAAGGCCUGUCUUUGGAGGAGAUGAAGAGAAGUCUUCAGUUCUCAUCCAUCGACAAAUAUGGCUACGUGUCUGAUCCCAUGAGCCCGAUGCAUUUUUAUUCUUGCCGGAACAGUGGUGGCUCUGAGGACAGCAUCUGACAACAUUCUGCAUAUGCCUAAGGAGAGUUUUCCCCCAGACAGACACAACAAUUCCAACCAUGGCAGAGUUGCUUCAAACACAAUGUUUUACCCUCUAAAUUCUCCUUAAAUUUGCUUAUUUAUACUUAUAUUGGUCCUAUGUAAGUCCUUACUGGUCCUAUGUAAGUCCUUAGCUAUGAGCUUUGGGUUCAUAGCUAAGGAAUGAAACUGAAAAAAAAAGGCAGAAUGUAUUUGAAGAAUUGGUUUUAAUUUUGUAAAUGAAAAAAAAUUAUUUUGUUUUUAGGAGAGGGAUACCUAAGUCUAUGGUGGACACUUAACCAUUUCUAUGCUUUCUUAGACUAAAUGGUGUGGACUUGUGUUUGAGAGCCGUAAGUUUGCUUUCCUAGAAUAUUAUUUAUUUUCUGAUUUUCUUAUGUUACUCCUAAUGUCCAGCUUUGUCAUUAAAGAUUCCUUGGUGGCAC